GUGCGCCGCUUUGGCGAUCUGUGUCAGUCAGGAGACAGCCGUGGGCCCCCCGAGCUUAAGAGGGCGGGGGCAGGAUGGACGCGGCUACUCUCACUUAUGAUACUCUCAGGUUUGAGUAUGAAGAUUUCCCAGAAACCAAAGAGCCUGUUUGGAUCCUGGGAAGAAAAUACAACGCACUCACAGAGAAAGAGGAUAUUUUGUUGGAUGUGACUUCUCGUCUUUGGUUUACAUAUAGAAAAGGGUUUCCAGCCAUUGGGGGAACAGGUCCGACAUCUGACACUGGUUGGGGUUGUAUGCUAAGAUGUGGCCAGAUGAUUUUUGCCCAGGCUUUGGUUGGCAGGCACUUAAGCAGAGAUUGGAGGUGGAUGAAAGGGAAGAAACAAACAGACAACUAUUACAAUGUUCUCAAUGCUUUCAUUGAUAAAAAGGACAGUUACUACUCAAUCCACCAAAUAGCCCAGAUGGGAGUUGGAGAAGGCAAAUCCAUAGGCCAAUGGUAUGGACCAAAUACAGUUGCACAAGUACUUAAAAAACUUGCCACAUUUGAUAUGUGGAGUUCUUUGGCAGUACACAUAGCCAUGGACAAUACUGUUGUGAUAGAGGAAAUAAGAAGGUUAUGCAAGCCCAACUGUCCAUGCUCUGGAGCCUCAGCAUUUCCUUCUGCAGAAUCAGAUUUUCUUUCCAAUGGUUAUCCAGAUGGAGAUGUAUCUACAGACAGUUUAUUGCUUUGGAAGCCACUAGUGCUGCUGAUACCUCUUCGCCUUGGUCUCACAGACAUCAACGAAGCCUAUAUUGAAACACUAAAGCGUUGUUUUAUGAUGCCUCAGUCCUUAGGUGUGAUUGGAGGAAAACCCAAUAGUGCUCAUUAUUUCAUUGGAUAUGUUGGUGAAGAACUAAUCUAUCUUGACCCACACACUACUCAGCCUGCAGUGGAUCCUGUAGACAGUUGCCACAUCUCUGAUGAAAGUUUUCAUUGCCAGCAUCCGCCUUGCAGAAUGAGCAUUGCAGAGUUGGAUCCUUCUAUUGCAGUAGGAUUCUUCUGCAAAAAAGAAGAAGACUUCAGUGACUGGUGCCAGCAAAUCAAGAAGUUGUCACUGAUUAGAGGAGCCCUUCCCAUGUUUGAGCUAAUAGAACAUCAGCCUUCACACUUCUCUAGUCCUGAUGUCUUGAAUCUCACUCCAGAUUCUUCUGAUGCAGAUAGAUUGGAAAGAUUCUUUGAUUCAGAGGAUGAAGAUUUUGAAAUAUUAUCACUCUAACAAAAGAAACUACAAUAACUGCCAAUUUGGGUUGAGGGGGGAGGGGAGCUCCUUGGAGAGCCUCGGGCUACCAGCUUUCAUAGGUGCUUGUUGACAUCCUUGCCUCCCAUUUACCCCAGCAUUCUGUGCAACCUUGGAGCAGAGUGGAUUUUUGCAGUGGGAUCAAGAAAACGGGUCGUCAUUAAGGCCUUAAUAGCUUUAGUUACUUUCUCAGUGCAAGGAUAUCCAUGGGAACAGGAUGCAAAGUUUCCUAGGAGCUGGAAAUUAUUUUCAUAGGAACAGGAACAGGCACAAAGGCUUGACUAUAAUAGUAAAAGCCCUUCGGAGUGUUUGGCUUAAGUCUCUCUAUUAUUAGGGGGUCUUAUUACUUCUGUUCCCAUUUUUAUAGUGUGAAAUGAAAACCAGCAUAACAGCUGUGAGACAUGUCUCUGCAUUAUGUCUCCCUAACUAGCCGGCCAUAUUCUGAAUUAUUUGGGGCCACAAACUCUCUCAAGAUUGACUGCACCAAAUAUUCCAACUUGUACUUUAGAUUUUCUCCAAUACAGUGCUUCCAUACUUUUGGUUUCAAAGUUGCAAUUUAUUUUUAAAAAUAUAAUGGUCUGCAUUCUAGCAAUCACAAGAGCAUAUCAUACGGAACAUGUUAAAAUAUGUUCUAAAGAUGACAGGAGAAUAUCACUAUAUAAUAAUAUGGAAGGCUCUCUGUUACUCACUUGACUCUUCUAUAGUAUCCACAAACAGAAUGGUGUUAUUCAGAUUUUGCUUCGUUAUAGCUAAUUUUUAUUUGGACAUUUUUCUAUUUUGUAUUAAAAAUAUGGCUGCUAUUUAAUAAAAUGAGGUGAAAACAUCCAUUAGCUCACGAAUCAAAAGUACUUCUGAUUCCUCCUUUUAAUAAAGUUUAGACUGUACUUGAACACAAAUCUUGCGUUAACAGCUAUUUUAAAAUCACAAUUUUAGGCCAAAGGUGUGCUCAUCUCCCCAUUUUUGAAAGUACUACACAAGUCUAUUUAUAUUUUGUGUCUUUAUUUGUUUUUCAUUUGUUUUGGUUCUUAAUAUGAAAUUCUAAAGGAACUUAAAGCAAAUUCUGCGUCCCUCAGAUGAUUAGCUUUCUGGCCAGGAUUUCCAGCCUAUUAUAUUCCAAAAUAGCAGAAGAGCUCCUCUGUUUCUAAAAGAUAGGAAUGGCUGGCAAGAACCCUCAGUUCCAAGCAUUAGCUCAAUCAAUGGAUGUUGCAGUGGCAAAUAUGUUUACAAAGCAUUCUUGCCUGCAUUUAUAAGCAGAACUGUCAAACUACAGAUGGUACUAUAGCCAUCUAUAAAGUAAUUGCAUACGGUAGGUCCAGUUGCCUAUUUAGUUACUAGAAAUCAAAUUCGAACCAUGUUGCUUAUUUGUCAUUGUUAUAGCUUGCUGUGCUUCUUCUUUUGGAAGAAGAGCAUAGUCGGAUUGUGUUUCAUUCAUCAACUGCUUUCAAUUUGUAUCUGAAUAAAACAAAUUUAAAAAGG